AUGUUCACCUUUGUGGAGGAAUUUGCAGCUGGCUCGGGCCAGAGGCAUUUCGGCUUCCCGACCGGCGGUAUCGAUCAUGGUGAGACGCCUGCAAGGGCAGCCCGACGUGAGCUUCUGGAGGAGGCGAAGCUUGCGGCCCCCCUCUCGGACGUUCAGGCACUGCUCCCCGCUGGCCAUCCGGGCAUCCUUGAGGUGAAGUGGUCCAGGAACCGCUUCCUGCCUUUCCUGGCGCUGCAGCCAGAGUCGACCCCAAGAAGUGGUACUCCUGAGAUCGAGGAAUCUGGCAUCCGGGUUGUCAGUGUGGAUGAAAACGGUGCGAUGGAGAUGCUUCGAUCUGGCAGCAUGUUCCUUCCAUCUGCCGUGACGCUCCAGCUCGCGUUGGACUGGCUGAAGAGUUCCAGUGCACAGGACGGAAGAUGA